CUUCACAUUGUCAGAUCUGAUCGACAUAGCCAGGAUUGCUUGAACGCGCCCUUGUUUACGAUCGGAUCUGACCAAAAGGGUAAAAAUCGAAACGACUCCCGCGAUGCCGGUCAAACCUUUAUCCUUCAAGGGCGACAAGAAGCCCUCCAAGAAACGCAAACACCAGCACGAGACCUCGUCCGCGCUCGUCUCGACGUCCGGCGACGUGACCACCACCGACCCCCAAGAAGACACCACCUGGACCACCCCGGACGCGGCGACCGACCUCUCGGGGCCGACGAUCUUGGUCCUGUCCACCUCCCCGCCGACGGUCUUGUCGUCCGACGCGCACGGCAACGUCUUCGCCAGCCCGCUGGAGAACAUCGUCGAGAGCGUGCCCGAGACCGCGGAGCCGCACGACGUGCGACAGGUCUGGGUGGCUUCGUCGGUGGCCGGGACCGGCCAGAUCAGCCUAAAGGCCAGCCACGGGGGUUACCUCUCUUGCGACGGCAUCGGGGUUCUGGGCGCGCGGCGAGAGGCGAGGGGUCACGAGGAAGGGUUCGUGGUUGAACAAUUCACCACAGCAGAUACGAACAAGACGAGAUGGCGACUGCGCACGGCGGCGUCGAAGCCGGCAGAUGGAGAACAAGGCCGGCGCUACAUCUCUGCGGUGACAGAGACACAGACCACUACCUCCUCAAAAACUGCCGACGACGAUGACGGCGGAAAGAAAAAAAGGGUCUCGAUAUCACUGCGAGGUGACGGCGACGCGGCGUCCGAGAAUACGCACCUCGUCAUCAAAAUGCAGGCCCGCUUCAAGCCUCAGAUCCAACAGAAAAAGGAGACCAAGGCCAAGGAGAAGAUCAGCCGCCGCGAACUCGAACAGGCCGUGGGCCGGACCCUGGAGGAUGACGAGGUCAAGAGGCUGAAGCGUGCGAAGAAAGAAGGCACCUACUACGAAGAGGUCCUCGAUGUGAGAGUCAAAGGCAAACAUGACAAGUUUGCUAGCUGAGGUGUAAUCACAUCGACUCUCUGAAUUGGACUUGACUCUGGUCGACUAAAGGCGAACGAACCAAUACUGUAAUGCGAAUGCGAACCGAGCAAUGUUUCCAGACUUUUAACAUGUAUUGCUGGACAGUAAAGCAGAAUAUUGCACACCGGAUACCUAAACGUGGUCGACUGUCGCUUUUCCCAUCCACAUAUCAUACAUCAAAAAUGUGCCGUCAUUAAUCAAACCAUUACCAGAGUCCAAAGAAACUCCAACGCUAUGCAACUAAAAACCGAUGCCAAAGAGGCAUCGAACCAAAUAUACAUGUCGUAUCAUUCCAGGCUAGGGAUGACCCGUCCAACGAUUCGGCGCCCUGGAUUACAGUUAGCGUCUUUCAAAGAGCAGCAUACAAUGUCCAAACUCACACAACGGUCUUGAUUCAUCGACCACUCGCGCCUGAUCUGCUUGUUGGCCAUAUUCCCGAGCCUGUUGCCUUGCGAGCCGCUCUCGACGCCACGCCCGUCUGGCUGAUGUCCCCUGGGCCCUGACUUCUGCUGGCAUUUCGUCAUCUACCUGCGUCUGUCGUCUCUGUGGAAUAGAUUGCAUCUCGGCUCCUGUUGUGUGCUCGCCUGCAGCGCUACCAUGCUGAUGUCGCGAAGCGGUCAGUGGAUUUGAUAGCUGCCGCAUUGUGCGGUUGAUCACAGCAACUCCAGGCAGUCUCGAUCCGUUGGCGUCAAUAUUGUCCUCGGCAUCGCGAUGCCUUGUCCUGCGUAGCAGACGUUCUCGUCUGACCAUUAUAUUGGUCACCUGAACAGGACAGUAACCUGCAGGAAGGACUGUCUUCUUGCACAAGGGGCAUAAAGAACUAUUUUCGCGCAGGAACGGAUCGAUACAUUCCGGAUGAUAAAUAUGGUUGCAAGGUAGCUCUCGCACGGUUGUCUCAUCAUGCACAAAGUCAUCCAAACAGAUUGGACACGUUGUCUGGCUGAAAGGCACUUCUCGGACUGCCUUCCUAGAGACAGCGGUAUCGGUGGAGAUCUUUUCUGCGGAAGGGACUGACUCUUUCGAUUCUGUAGGACCACUGCUGUCGUUGUUAGAU